GUGUCCUCAUAACCUCAUCUCAACCGUUCAUAAACUAGUGGCCAACGACUCACACCGCCUCAACCUCACACUAUAAAACCCCCAAAUCCUUCCUUUCUUUCCUCAUAAUUUCUCAUUCAGAUUUUCCGAAGUCUCUCAAAGCCUUUUUUGUCUCAGUCGCUUUCUUCGGUGUUGUCAAGUUUCCAUCAAGUAAAGUACAUGGUUGAGUUGGAAAUUCAGGUACCAACUCCCUUCGAUCCAUUUUCUGAAGCGAUAGAAUCGGAUGCACCUGGAGCGAAAGAGUAUGUUCAUAUACGAAUUCAACAAAGGAAUGGAAAAAAGAGCUUAACAACGGUUCAAGGACUGAAGAAAGAGUUCAGCUACGAGAAGAUUCUGAAGGAUCUUAAGAAAGAGUUUUGUUGCAACGGGAAUGUUGUGCAGGAUAAAGAGCUUGGUAAAGUUAUUCAACUUCAAGGCGAUCAGAGGAAGAAAGUUUCGAAUUUCUUGGUUCAGGUUGGGCUUGUGAGGAAGGAUCAGAUCAAGAUUCAUGGUUUUUGAAGGAUUUGGUUAUUUAUACCUUGUGGUAUUUGAAGUUGUUGCUGAAUUUGGAGUGUCUUUUGUUUUGAUUUAGUCUCUGAUUGGUCUUGGUUAAAUAAGAAAUAAGUGUGGUUUGAUUUUAGUUUUGUUUUAUAGUUUGAGUCUAUGGAUUUUGUGGCUGAACUUGAAUGUAUGAAAGACACUUCAAAUAUAAUAAAACUUAAUGACUUGAUACUGUUA